AUCAAAUAAAACAAUUCAAUUAAUAAGCCAAUUUAAGCCGAGAAUGCAAAACUUUCUGUAUUAGAAAAAUAGCUGCAGUUUCUUAAACUGGAUUAGUUGAAUUUUUUAGUAAUAGAGUUAUGUUAUAAGUUGUUUGUGUUGCAGCCAUAUAUGCAUGAAUCGCGCCAUCUCCAACAAUGGAAAUGGCAACAGUGGAAGUGAAGCAAACAAAAAAGGACUUGGCCAUCAACUACAUUCCAGUGGUUCUCAGAAUUCUGAAGUCCUACGAUCCUCGGCCGGAACCUCGAAUUCGUUGAAGGAAACAAAUGGAAGCAGUCCAAACAUUUCAUCAGAGGUGACAAGCAUGUACUCAUCAAGAAGAGGAAUUGAUGGAUUUGCCAUCAAUCACAUUGGAACUCCUAUGCACUCCCUUACAGAUAUGAUGGACACUGGACAUGGACAUAGCAUGAUCAUGCCCGCGAAAUGGGUUUCGGCUGUGGUCGGAAACUGCUGCAACCUUAAUGUUUGAUCUGGCAAGGAUAUUAAGCGAGUUUUGGUGUAGCAUUGCACCAAAAUCUUCGUAUCCUUGUCAGGCCAGAUGGAAAAUGCUAUUUUCCUUUCUGGUGCUCAGGCAACUCAUCCUUGGCUCAAUUAUAUUCUCUAUCAAUUUUAAAAAUAUUUGUUACUUUAAAAAUUUUGCAUAUUAACAAUUCAGUGUUUCUGAAUACAAUUUGCAUCAAGAUACAAUGAGUUAUUAAUAUAUCAAACUUAAAGUUACAGAUUUUUUGAAGUAGAUGGAGUAUAUAAUUAUAAUAUUAAAAUAUAAAUAGUAAUGUAAUUGUCUUUUUGCAGAGGCUUGAUAUUCUGAAGCAGAAAGACUAAUGAAUUAUGAUGUGUGUGUAUUGUGUUUAAAUAACAGCAUGAAUUUGUAGCA